CAGCAUUUAUGCACGCGGCUGGUCGCCCGCGAGCGGGAAAGAGUGGUUGGACGGAUUAAUCACGGCGGCGGGCGAGCCCCAGAUGCAAGGCGCAGACGUGUGACCGCGGUGUUGGAGUUGCGAUCCUGGGCUAACCCGAAACUGGAGCCCGCCCUGCUGGAGGCAGGCUCGUUAGGCGUGCAGGCCCAUGGGAUCAGAGGUCCAGCGCGUGGAGAUGGAGUGACAAGCUUUAGCGCUGUUGAUCUAGACGGAGCCAUGCUCUCCGUACCUUGGUGCUGCAGGCGCUGUGGUUCGAGGCGCGUUGGAGAAAGGUUCAUAUCCGGCUGCUGUCUCGCCGCGUCGAGAAUUAUAGCAGUCCCCUUGCACCUAAAGCUUUGCUUCCGAGUGCUCUGCUGCUAAGAUGGCUCAACAGGACAAUGUCAGGUCGUUCCACCACGAUGUGACGAAUGAGAAGGCCGCCGCUCUCGAAGUGGAAGAGAUAGUCGUCCAGCGCAUCACAGACGAUGAUCUGAUUCGCAUUUCGAAAGAGGCGAUGCCGAGGUUCUGGACGGCUACUGGGCUCAGGAUCUGUCUGAUUCUCUUCGUUCAGGGCUGCAAUCAGGCUGGUUAUGGUGUUGACUGGGCAGUGAUUAGUGGUAUCAACGCGUAUCCUGCAUGGCACAAGUACUUUGACAUUGCGAUCGAUGGCGUCGAGUUUGCGCACAUCACAGCAUUGAUGCGUAUUGGCACUGUAGUCGGCGCCCCCUUCCUCGCACUCAACGACAAGAUCGGCCGUCGCGGCGUCAACUUCCUGGGCAACUUCCUUGUCAUCUGCGCCGCGCUCAUGCAAGCCCUGGCCCCCAACCUAUCCUGUUUCAUGGCCGGCCGAUUCUUCCUCGGCUUCGGCAGCGCACUGAUGUCCUCGCCGCAAUACAUCGCGGAAGUCGCUCCUGCGCAUCUGCGCGGUCGCAUUGUAGGUCUCUUCGGCGCGUGCUUCCAGAUCGGCAGCGUGGCCAUGACAGCGGGCAUGAUCGGGACCGCGAACAUGGCGAAGAGCGAGUCGAACAACUGGUCCUGGCGGCUUCCGCUGCUCUUGCAGACGUUCUUCCCCGCGGUGGUGUGCACGCUCAUCUACUUGAUUACGCCUGAGUCGCCUCGCUACUUGGUGAUCAGCGGCCAGCGCGAGAAGGCGCGCCAGGUUAUUGCUAAAUACCAGACGACCUCGGGCUCAUUGGAUGAGCCGCUGGUUGAUAUCGUUGUCGCGCAGAUUGAAGAGUCUCUGGAAACGUCUCGUACGCGCUUCAGGCAGUCCUGGAAUUUCGCGGCUUUCCUCACCAAGACCGUUCGUUACCGCCUGUUCGUGCUCAUUCUGUACUCGAUGUUUCAGUCCUGGAACGGCGGAGGAAUCGUAUCUUACUACCUGACACCCGCGCUCAAGACCGUCGGAGUCACCGCGACGAUAACGCAACUCGGCGUAGGACUUGGCCUAACAUCCGUCUACUUCGUCUUCACCGCCAUCGGCGGCUGGUUCGUCGACUACUUCCGGCGCCGCACGCUGAUCUUCGCCGGCCUAAUCGGCGUCAUCUGCAUGCAAGUCGCCGCGACCAUCACCUCCUGGCAGUACAACCUCUCGCCGUCGAGCACCACCUCGGCGCUCACCAUCAUGUGGAUGUUCAUGUUCCAGGUCAUCAGCGCAACCUUCAUCGCGACCAUGCACAACUUGUACCCCGUCGAGAUCCUGUCUCUGCCGCUCCGCGCGAAAGGUAUGGGUCUCUACGGCGUGAUCCAGGGCGCGUGCGGCGCCAUCGAGGCCUACGGCAUCUCCAUCGGCAUCUCCAAGGUCGGGUACAAGAUCUGGUGUGUGUACAUCAUCUACAACGCGCUGCAGCUCGUCGCCUCGUACUUUGUGUUUCCGGAGACGAGCAAGCUCAGUCUUGAGGAGAUCGAUGCCGUGUUCGAGACGCCGGGUGUCGCGCCGGUUAAGAUGUCGCUGGAUAUUCAGAGGGCGAAGAGGGAGAAGGCGAGGUUGGAUCGGGAGGCGGGUAUUACCGGCUAGGCAGGAUGGGCGUGAGAAUAGAGUCGGUGCAUCUUGGGUGUGGAUGAUAAGGGAGGGGAUGCGGCGCGCAGAAUGCGUCAGUGUGGAGUGUAGCCGUGUUCCAUAGCAAACCCGACAAAUCGACGGUCGUGAGAGAAUCGCAUCCGAUGCCGAGCUUUUGUUCUCAGAAAGUAUGUGAUGUCCUGCGGCUGGCAAGAUCCAUCGUAGUAUGCAACCCAUCUAUCACUCUAUCAGCACUUGCACAAAUCUAUCCGACCACCCCAUCUAUCUAUUCCCAAAGUCUAGUAUCCCGCGCAAUGCAGCCAAACCCCCCAUAAAAACGCAACGCCACCCAUGCUCUCCUGUCCCUCUACGCCCACCCAAUCCUAUACACCGUAUACCCC